CGCUCCUUCUCCCUCUCUGAGCAUCUGGAAAGACUUCGUCUUCCUGAAAAAAAGAAGUCUCGUGCUUUCCCAGAGGACCCGAAAGACCCUGCCCAAACCGGCCACACCAAACUCCGCAGCAAGAAGGUUCCCUUCUCUUUUUCCAACUUCACGUUGGGGGGGGAAAUGACUUUGUCUUCAGCACCUUAGUUUCCCCCUAAACUCGAGCAAGCGAAGAGACAUCAAUCUGGUUCACCCAGUAACGUGAGGCGGGGUGGCGCGCUCCCCACUGUAAACUCUGACUCCACGCAAGUCGGCUCCGUGCAUGACUUACUCGCUCAGGAGAGCCACGUUGGGGAAGCGGCUCCGUAGACCGGCUCGCGCGCAGGCCCCGAGCGGGCGGGCGAGCUCAGCGCCCCGCUCCCCGCGGCCGGGGGAUGAAGUCCUGCAAGCCCGGGUCCCCCGCGGCGGGAGCGCGCGCCGCAGCCCCGUGCGCAGGCGGCGCCCAGUGCGCCGGCGCGUGCGCGGGGGCCGGGCGGCUGGAGAGCGCGGCGCGCAGGCGCCUGGCGGCCAACGCGCGCGAGCGCCGCCGCAUGCAGGGGCUCAACACGGCCUUCGACCGCCUGCGCAGGGUGGUGCCCCAGUGGGGCCAGGAUAAAAAGCUGUCCAAGUAUGAGACCCUGCAGAUGGCGCUGAGCUACAUCAUGGCUCUGACCCGUAUCCUGGCCGAGGCCGAGCGAUUCGGCUCGGAGCGGGACUGGGUCAGUCUCCACUGCGACCACUACCUUCCGUUUGCGGGCGCCAAGCUGCCGAGUGAGAGCGAGCCCUACGGCCAGAGGCUCUUCGGCUUCCAGCCGGAGCCCUUCCAGAUGGCCAGCUAG